GAGCGCGGCUUGAUCGCUGGGCUCGACAGACUGCGCGUCUUCUCGCGUUUCGCUUUUGUUUUUCCUCUCAACUUGACCCGACAUCUUUUUCCGCCGCCAACAUGAGCCGCGUCGGGCCGGGGCCGUGAAGAAGAGGAGGAAGAAGGGCAGGAGGAGGAGGAGGAGAAGGAGGAGGAGGAGGAGGGGGAAAAAAUGCCUGAUGGGUCGCUCCAUCACGUCGUGAGGGGAGCGCGAUGCCCUGGUUCGGCGUCAGGUGGCUGCUCGCCGCCUUGCUGCUGCUGCUGCUGCUCGGCGGGGCCUUCUUCUUUUGCGAGUAUCUCAUCUACUUCCCAGUCAUCCUCAAGUGCGAAUGGCCCCGGGUGCGGGAGCAUGCGCGCGGCGGCGGUGGGGAGGCCAUCGACGGCCGGCCGCCGGACUCGCCGCCGGUCCGCGCCAUGGUUCUGUCCGACACGCACCUCCUGGGGGCCGUCGGCGGCCACUGGUUCGACAAGCUGAGGAGGGAAUGGCAGAUGGAGCGCGCUUUCCAGACCGCACUGUGGCUCCUCAGGCCCGAGGUGGUCUUCAUCCUGGGGGACAUCUUCGACGAGGGCAAGUGGAGCUCACACAAGAAUUGGGAGGAUGACGUGCGGCGCUUCAACAGGAUCUUUCGGCACUCCGGCGACACGGAGCUGGUGGUCCUGGUCGGGAAUCACGACAUCGGCUUCCAUUACGAGAUGGACUGGUUCAAGCUGCAGCGCUUUGAGAAGGUCUUCAACGCCUCCUCCACCAGGAUCGUCACCAAAAACGGAAUCAACUUCUUACUGGUGAACAGCGUGGCGCUGCAUGGUGACGGCUGCCCCAUCUGCCAGUCUGUGGAGAAGGAGCUCUUCAGACUCUCCAGGGGACUCAACUGUUCUCUGCAGGCAAGUCGGCAGCACGCACGCACAAACAAAACAAAACAAAUACAACAAAGCAAACUCAUGGUUUUGCAGAGUUCGGGGGACGGCUGCGAGGGAACGCAGAUGUAUCCUCCUACACCUCCCAUCAUGUUACAGCACUACCCGUUGUACAGAGUGAGCGAUGCGGGCUGCACGGGCACUGAUGCCGCGCCGGCCGGACAGCGACACCUUCUGUUCAGGGAGAAGUACGACGUGCUGUCCAAGGAGGCCUCCCAGAGGCUGCUGCAGUGGUUCAAGCCCCGCCUCAUCCUGAGCGGCCACACCCACAGUGGCUGCGAGGUCCUCCAUGACAACAAGUACCCAGAAGUCAGCGUACCGUCCUUCAACUGGAGGAACCGCAACAAUCCCAGUUUCAUCCUGGCGUCCGUGUCACCGGCCAGCUACGCGCUGUCCAAGUGUUUCUUACCGGAGGAGAGCACCGUCAUCAGCGUGUACUGCUCCGCCGGCGCGUGCCUGAUGCUGCUUGUCCUGGCGCACUGCUUGUGGAUGAAGGGCCUGCUGCAGUGCCUCAGCCUUUGCCUGCUGGGGAAGCACAAGCCUCUGUGAAAACUACAUUACCCAACACCCCCGGCGUCCAGAAGCCGGAAGUGGAGACGAGCAGUCACUCGGGAUACCGUUUUGAACGUGCCAAAAGAACUGUCUUGGUUGGUUUUACCUGAACAUUCCACGACACUAUGAAGUACGAAUAUUGUUCAAUUAUUAUUUUAAGUGCGUUUAAAUGACUCAAACUUGUGAUUAUUUAUGAAGUGGUGAGUGUAGCUUGUGCCCCCACCCAAAAAAAAAAAGUGGGUUCGUUUUACCCUUCACGUGAGCUUGCCAAGAGGUGGUGCUUUGUCAUUUUCAGGUAAUUAAAUCAUCCGGAAUGACCCAAUUCAACAAAACGAGCCACCACUGACAUUUAAGCACUUUGCCUUGUUUUUGGCAUCCAGAAACACAAGUUUAUUAUUAUUAUUAAAUGUCAAUGUUAAAUGUCAGACGUGCCAUGUAAUUCACUGUGAACUGAAAACUCACCGCUCAUCUCACAGUAUAUUGGUUUAUCGAGAGGUUUAUGAUCCCAUAGGUUGUUUUUUGUCGGUCACCUUCUGUGCCAAAUAUUUGAUGUUUUUUUUUGCCAAGUUGACAUUUCUUAUCAACUGUGCGUUAAUAAAUCACCAUCUUUAACACCCACGUGGAGUUUUGACAUUCGCACGGAAAUCAUGAUAUCAAACUCAUUUUAGUCUUCAAUGAAACCAAGGACAAUUGGCUCUUCAAAGAAUCCAAUCUAUGUGAUUUUGUAAACUUCAAAGACAAUUAGGGUCUUCAAGUAGCCUAAUGUAAACAAGACAAUUUACUGUGUUUAACGAACUUAUAACAUGAUUUGGUAUAGACAAUUUAAUAGAGGAAAUGACCAUUUUGCAAUGUAAGUUUAAAGACAUUAUUAAUCGAGGAAAUGAACAUUUUGCAAUGUAAGUAUGUUUAAAGACAUUAUCUCCCAAGCCCCUAAUGUAAGCAUUUGGUAAAAAAACAGACAACUUAGCGUCCUUAAAGAUAAUGUAGUCAGUAAAAAAUUUUGCAUCUUCAAGGGACCAUAAUCUUAAGGUUUUGUAAAAAUGAACUCAAGUUGAAGAACCUAAUGUGAUUUUAACCUGAUGUGU